GGCCUCAGGUCUACUCAGGGUCUUCAUCCUCUCAUCUGUUUCUCAGUGUUUGACAGCUCGGAUGGUCUGAGGCUCUCUCCGAAUCUCAGGAGAGACCGGUCUCCCUCGCGCAGAAGUCCUUCACCUUUCGAACUGAAUCGAGAAAGAAGUAGCGUCAGCUCCUGCCCAGAAAUGGUGGGGCCGACGACAAACAAGGCAACCAAGAAGAGCCCUACAAAAGGAAAGUCGACAGCUUUGAGCCGGCGCCGCGUGUCCUGCCGGGAGUUGGCUCAGCCCGACUGCGAUGGCUGGCUCUGGAAGAAGAGGAAGGAGAGCAGCGUCUUCAUCACCCAAAAGUGGCAGCGCUUCUGGUUUGUUCUCAAAGGACCCAAGCUUUACUGGUUCAGCACACAACAGGAUGAAAAGGCCGAGGGUCUUCUCAAUAUAGCCAGCUACACCUUAGAGAGUGCUGGAGAGCACAAGAGAAAAAAUGUUUUCCAAAUGACCCAUCCGAAAUUUAUGAACUUCUUCUUCGCUGCUGAGACUACCAGCGACCUGACCAAGUGGAUAAACAGCCUGAUACAACCAUACGAAAGUACAAGAAGAUCCAGAAUGGUCCAGAUAGUGAGAAGCCAUUUAAUUACAAUAAUGGGAACGCGGCGCACAUGUAAGGUAAUGUCAUUUUUUCAACGCCCUUGUGCAUGUUUUCACAGAGUGUUACAGCGAAACGGAAUCAGAGAGCGAAUCGUCGCCUUCAUCUCGCAGGAAAAACAAGCAAAAGUGCUAUCUAACACGCUGCCUCGACCCAAGAACAAAGCAGUCAGGGCGCCAUUACCGACUCCUUCAACAGAGGGCAGCAAAGACGGCGGCACCGUCGACGAGAUGGGACAGAUGUUCAACAACCUGAAGGAGGGAGGCGUCUCUCUGAUCGGCCACGAGCAGCCGUUCACGCAGGACCACUUCAGGAGGUCCUUCAUCCGCCGCAACAAGAACCCGGUCAUCAACGAGAAGGUGCACACGCUGCGAGCCCUGCAGAGCACGCUGAAGGCAAAAGAAGCCGAGCUGCUGCAGAUCAACAAGGUCCUGAACGACUCCGAGCUGACCGCCUCAAAGUACCGGCAGUGGCGGGAGAACAACGAGGACCUGGUCCUGGAGAUCGAGAGGGCGGCCGCCCGCAAGGCCUCCGCGAGCGCCGAGGACGUCGCUGAGGUGCGGGAAGUCGCUGAGGUGCAGGACGCGCCGGCUGAGGAGGUCGCCCCGGAAACCGUUGCCGCGGAAACAGCCGCCGCAGAGACAGAAGGCGCGUACAGACUGAGCCUGAGCGACGGCGAGCAGCUCGUCGACGCAGAGACGUCCGACGUCUUCCUGGAGAUCCCGCCGGACCCCGUAAGUUCGGAUUCGAGUCCGACGCUGGACCUCUCUCUGGGGUCGCUGCAGGCCUCCAUAGACAGACAGCUGCGCUUAAACGCAGCAGGCAGAGACUCGGACGAUCACUACUUCUUCAUUUAGGACUUAAUGUUGGCGCUCUCGGACAAGAAG